UUGUGUGUUUGUUGACGAUGCGCGUGGAGGAGUGUUCAACCAACAACCACACCGACAACGGCCAGCCAGACAACAACCCGCCCCCCAGUCUCAACCAAACUACCAGACCAACCACCCAGGAAGGUUAUCUCGUCCCCACCACCACCACCACCAACACCCCUACCACCACCACCACCACCACCACCAGUCCCAGCACAACCACCACCACCACCAGUUGCAGCACAACCACCACCACCACGUCUGCGUCACCCAUCCCCUCAACCGCUAUGGGCGUCAUAGCUCGUGUCAACUUGGGGUCGUCAAGGGGUCCCCCUCUCCCCCACAACCCCCCUCAGGGAACCAGCUACACUCUACCCCCUGCCCCUGGGGUCCACAUCGUCCCUGCGGGGACCAACGACCCCACGACGACCACUGCUGACCCCAGGGAGACCUCUAGAGACCCUCUGGUGGGACAUAGAGCCGAGAACAGUCGUCAGGGCCGUGCACCCGUGCACCAGGGCCGUGCCCCCGUGCCCGAGGGCCGUGCCUCCGUGCCCCAGGGCCGUGCCCCCGUGCCUGGGGUGACCACAACACUGGCCCACAGGGAGGGAGAGAGACUCGCUGCUCUGACUCGUCGGCUUGUGAAAGGUCAGCCCGUCAAGCGGAAGCUGUGGGACGUCGACCACCAGCGGGUGAAGGAGGAGCUAGAGGAGGAGCUUGAGCGCCUGCUGGAGGAGGAGGAGUGCCGCUUCAGGUCCAGGUGGAAGGUGGUGGAGGGCUGCUCCACCGGCCCUGCCUUCUACUGCACCCAGGUCAUCACAGCGGAGGGGACGGAAGAGCUGGCCACACCUCCAGUGUCUGGUCCAGGAGACAUCAGAGUUACCCACGCACUGGCGAAGCGGCGCAGGACACAGCCGCCAUUCCCGGCCUCAGCAAGCUUGGUUCUCUCAAAGGGCUCUCAGCUUCCUUUG